UGGUCAUGUUCAUAUGACAGUGUUUUCAUGGUCCUGUUUCAUGCUUAUCGACGUGGAAGUGCUACAUGGAAGAGUUUAUGGAGCUCCGAUAAUGACAAACUCCAUGUGUUGCUCUCUUGGUCUUUCUGUGUACUGGAAUCCCAAACUCACAUCCAUUCGCAGGAACUCUUCAACCGUUUUCGUGAUGAGUUCUGCGACAUCAUAUCUGCGCAGAAUCCACAACGUUUUCCUCAUACUGACCAAGAACAUGGUGAUGUGCCCGUUAUGACCUCGGUUGACCUCUCAUUGGAUUUUCCAAUAAUCAAUGAGUUGAUCUCUGGCUUCGUUAUCAUGCAAAGAAAUCAGCUAUACCCGAGGAAGUGGUGUCUGCACAAGACCUGUUGUUAUGUGAUGGAUCUUUUACAUGGGACAUCAAGUUGGCAACGUCUCCAUACUUCAUUUUUUUCCAUGCAAUUCGCUG